AUGCAAGCAUUCUUAGCCACUGUGAGAAAAAAGGUGCGCUUCAGGGGGAAAGAAUUAUUUCAAGGGCAUACGCGUCUGUUUAUUUGUAUUUCCCUUCCUUUAGGCCAGUUUACGUUUACACCAGCGGUCCAGCGGGCGAGUUCAUUAGAGUACGCGAGUACUUUGGUGAGCUCCUUAAUCGUACAUGAUACAUCUACCAGAAAUCUAUUUCGAAAGUUUCGCAUAAUGACUAGAUUAUUAUUGCUGUUGCUAUCGCUACUUUUACUGGGACGACGUUUCCUAGUUGGGGACGACAUUUUGAUUAUAUUGGGCCACAAAUUGUGGCCUUGUUCCUGGCAUGGAAUAAUUAUAUCUGGUCCAUAA